GUUAUUGAUAGAACUGAGAAAUGCUAAUUUUUCCUUCAGCUAAUUUUAGUUUUUAAUUUUAUUUAAAUUUUAAUGGUACCGAAGAAAUUUAGAAUCCCCUCAUUUUUUCAUUUUUGGAGUUUGUUUUAGUCUAACAAAUUUAUGUGUGUUUUAUUGUGUUUUAGUCUUUGGAUUCUCUAGAAUCUCCGCUAUCUUAACAAUUUCAUUGUCUUUUACCCUUUGGAUGCAUUAGAAAUUGAGAACAGUCAAGCGAAUUUACUUCAUAUUGCUGUCCGUAACUCUGUCUACGGAAUGCAGUGGUUUCAUGUUUAAGAUUAAACUGCAUCAUGAUUUGUGAAUUUGGUUUGAAAAGAUCAAAGGGGUGGAGCCUACAAAUCGCCAAAUCGGCCACUCACCUUCAAUCGGCUCCGGUGAUGAUGAUGAUAUCCUUUGGCUUCCAAUGUUUGACCUCUAUAGCUUCUGAUGCUGAUCUUAUAACCAGCCUCGUGCAAAGAGACAAUGAGCAAUGGCAUGCAGUAGGCGGCAUGUAAUGUAAGUCAACCUCUUAGCUCACAUCGUUUGGUUAUAACUUUGUUUCCAUUGAAUUUAUUUUUAGAAGUUUAGGAAUAUUGACUUUUCAAUAUGUUUAAUCUCUUUGCUUACACACAAUAAUAAGAUACAUAUUAAUGAAUGUUAUGCAUUGUUGUUCUUCACGUCUGCUUUCCAGAAACUCUUACGAGAUGAUUCCAAAACUUAUUUUUCACUCUUUGUUUUUUAGAAUUGGUACCGGAAACAUUUGGGAAGGAUUAGAUUGUUCACAAAUUAUGUUUUCAAGUGAAUUAAAAUGUUACCCAAUGAUUUUUGUAACUUCUUGAUUCUAGGCACUUAAAUUGCUUGUUCAUUUGGGACUCAUAAGGUUAAUGUUAAGGAAGUGUUGGUAUCCUUUUCUCAUCUUCCUGAAUCACACUUUCCUCUAUUACAAUUUGAAGGGUGAGGUGAAUAGCACUCCCAGAGGUUAGGUUGAUGGAUUUCUACUGCUAGGCAUCUCUCCUUCAAUCCUUGAAUUUUUCGCAGCAAAAGAAAGUGCCUAAGGUUUGAAUUCAACAUUAUACCAAGUAGAAAUUUAAGUACCAACAUGGUUUAUGACAAACCCAUUUGUGAUACAAUAAAAAUCAAGGGAGAACCUCGACAACUUGAUUAGUAUGUAACCGAAAAGGCCAAAAGCUAACAAAAAUGUUCCUUUUUCCUUGGUGCUCUCCACAUUUGUUAGCACACAUCUAUAAAUUUGAAGAUAGAAAAAUGUUUAUUAAAGCUAAUCUCUUAGCAGAGCCACGUUAAUCUUAGAUCUGCCGUCAUAAUUAUUGCCAAAUUAUACUGUCAUGUUUAUUUCUCAGUAUUGUAAGUUUACAAUAAUAUACAUGUAUUUUCGAU